AUGUCCCUUCCUCAGCGAUCCGCAUCCACCAGAGCCAGUGUCUUGACCGACGGAAUGGAGAAGCCAUUGCUGGACAACCGCACAUAUCGCGUCGUGCGACUAGCCAACGACCUCGAGGCGCUGCUGAUCCAUGAUCCCGACACGGACAAGGCGAGCGCCGCCAUGGACGUCAACAUUGGUAGUUUCAGCGAUGCCGACGACAUGCCCGGUAUGGCUCAUGCUGUCGAGCACCUGCUAUUUAUGGGAACUGAAAAGGUACGUUAG